AUGGACGACCUCAAGGUGACGCUGUUGUCCUCCCCCGCACCCGACGCCGCCACUACGCUGCCCGACGCGUCCCCCACCUCCAGCUCCGAGUCGCCUCCUCGCCGUUCCCCCCGCAUCCGCGACUUCAAGCUGCGCGGGCGACACAACCUCCCCUCGUGGAUGUACCCGCCCGAGGGCGAGACGCGCCGGUUAAGUGUACCUGCGCACUCAAUCCAAGCCACGCGCGACCGCCUGGACGCCCCCAAGCAACAUUUAGGCGAAUGGCCGAGCACCGCCAUCUGUGGCAACGACAUUCUGGCAAGUGUGCUCUACUCGUCGGGCAUUGUCGCCGCCAAGGCCGGCAAGCUCACGCCAUUGGCGCAAACGUUUGUUGCCUUUGUGCUGUAUCUUUUCCGCUCCAUCUACGAGGAGGCCGUGACGGCAAUUCCCCUAAAUGGAGGCUCGUACAACGUGUUGCUUAACACAACUUCAAAGAGGACCGCAGCCGUUGCCGCAACUUUAGGCAUCAUCUCCUACCUGGCCACGGGCGUGGUCUCGGGCACGUCGGCCUUGCGAUACCUAGGCACUCAAGUGGACGUGAGUGUGGUUCCUGGCACCGUCGGGUUACUCUUUGUGUUUGCCGCUCUCUCUAUCGUCGGAAUCGCCGAGAGCGCAACUGUUGCAUUGGCAAUUUUCGUCGCUCAUGUGACGACGCUUACGCUGUUAAGUGGAUUUUCACUUUACUACGCCGUGCAACACCCCGACACUUUCUGGGCCAACAUGCAGACGGAUUUCCCGAGCGUUAACGUUGCAGGAGAGGUGGUUAAGGGAAACUUGCUCACGGGGAUCUUCUACGGGUACUCGUCGGCAAUGCUGGGCAUUACGGGCUUCGAAACGUCGGCCCAGUUCGUGGAGGAGCAAGCGCCCGGCGUGUUCCGCAAAACUUUACGCAAUAUGUGGGUGUUUGCCACUUUCUACAACUUGUUGCUGUCGUUUUUGUCCCUGGCGGUGUUGCCGCUGGAAGGACCUGGCGGAAUUUACAGUGACAAGGAUGUUGUGUUGGCAAAGAUGGGUCUCGUGGUGGCUGGCAAGUGGCUGGAAAGUUGGGUCUCGGUCGACGCAUUUGUGGUGCUAGCUGGAGGAGUGUUAACCUCCUACGUGGGGAUCACGGGGCUGGUGCGUCGACUGGCGUAUGACCGCGUACUCCCGGCGUUCCUCACUUACACCAACUCGUGGCGUGGCACGAACCACCACAUCAUUUUGCUGUUCUUCGCCUUGCAAGCGAGUCUGGUGAUUUUACUCCGCGCGGAUGCAACAGUUCUUGCCGGAGUGUUUACGUUCGCAUUUUUGGGCGUCAUGGCGCUCUUUGCAUUUGGGUGCAUGUUGCUCAAGUUGAAGAGGGAAGACAUCCCGCGCGACGUGCACGCUCCGUGGUGGAGUUGCAUUUUCGGACUGGUUAUGGUGUUGCUGGGGCUUUUGGGUAAUUUGCUGGGUGACCCCGCCAUUUUCACCUAUUUCGCCCUGUACUUUGUGGUCUUCGCCUCCACGAUGUUCAUCAUGCUGGAGCGCGUCUUCAUCCUGCGCAUCCUGCUGUACAUCAUGCAACAACUUUUCCCUUCUCGCGGUGCUCGCGACGGUGCGGUGGAAGAUAUUGAAGCGGCCAAGUCUCAAGGCAAAGUGAAGGACGGGUCUCGCACAGGUGCUAAAGGAGGGCGCACUAUUACGGCGGUGUUGCAGGAGAUUCAUCUCCCGCCUAUUGUAUUUUUCCUCAAGACGCCCGAUCUGCCUCUGCUCAACAAGGCAAUUCUCUAUGUGCGCAAGAACGAGCAGACACACAAUUUGCACAUUGUUCACGUGAGUGAGGACGCCGAUUUGGACGAAGACAGCAGCGCUGAGGUGACAGAGGCCGAUGUGCAGCGGCGGCAACUCGAGCGGGAGAACGUGGAGGAUAUGAUAGAGAUGACGCGCGUAUUUGACCUGACGUACCCGAAACUGAAGAUCGAUUUCGUGCACGUUUGCGGCUCGAGCUUCGACGCUGCCUUUGUCCACUGGCUAUCGGACGAGCUGCGAGUCCCGCCCAACAUGAUGUUCAUCCGACAGCCUGGCACCAAGCACAUUCACCAAGUUGCAGCGCUAGGUGUGCGUGUCAUCACCGGCUAG